AUGGUCUCCUCGACGUCGUACGCCGCGACCGCGGUGGUGGCCCUGUUCGCGGCCUCCGGGACGGCCCAGAACUUCACCAUUGCCAACGGCCAGAUCUUCACGCCCGGGCUGGUCAUCUUGGACGCGCCUCAGCCGGGGACCCCGUUGGGCGGAGAUAACCUCCACGUUGCGAUUGACGUCUCGACGAACGGCAAGAUGCCGCUGCCGCCGUAUGCUUCGGAUAGUCCGACCAAGAUCUUCAAUGUUACCAUGUUUUUGUCAAGCUAUGCCACCGGCCGCAACUUCACCAUCUCCAACGGCACGGCGACGGCCAAUAACGCCAGUUUGGGGGAGAUUAUGACACAGGAGCCCGGCAGCACGGUGAAGCACGUAAACUGGAUAUGGCCGGAUUGUCUCGUCGGCAAUGGUCAGCCCAGCUCCAGCUCCAGCGAUCGCGGCGCAUACAAUAUCUCCAUCCGCCAAAACUUCCGCCUCAAUGGUGAAGAUCACUACACAAUCUUUGACGUGCCCAUCUCAGUCACGAACAGCAUCGAGCAAAAAGACGGCCGGCCCUCAUGCGACGCCCUCAACAACCCGCUCCUCACCCCCGAGCAACUCAACGCCACGGCCGCCAACUCGAUCGGCGUGCUCUUCGCGCCGGGCGACUCCACCACGAUUGAAGUUAAAUCGGGAAGCGGCAGCGACGACGGGCUCGGCGGGACGAAGCCUGAGGCGACGCCCGGUGACGGUCUCGGCGCGGGAGCGAGCUUGAGGUGGAGGGAUGGGGCGUAUUGGUUGUGUUUGGUGAGCAUUGGCGCUGCGCUGAUACUCUGA